AUGCCAGAUGACGUCGUGAAAGACUCAUUGUUAUCAGAGUUUAUCGCCAGGACCGGCAGUGAUCCUGCCUUGGCCUGGGAUCUUCUAAAUGGAACUAAUUGGGAUCUGGAUGAAGGAUUGAGAGCGUAUGUUGAAUUAGCUAAUAUCCCUAAUGACCAAUGGCCAGAUGUCUUGGAUUGUCCUAAAAAGUCUGGUGCCCCAUCCAACGCAAGUGGCCCCGCAAAAGAUGAACCAAGAUUGCCACCACCACCUGCGAUGCAGCGUGGAAUAUCGCGCGUUGAAGAUAAUAAAGGAAUUGUUAAGAAAAUGCAUAAGCGAAACAGACAUAACUCGGGAGAGGCUGCUCUAAGUUCUUUGAAAUCUUCUUUAUCGACCAUAUCAGACAAACCCACAGAAGUCAGUUCUUCGCCCAAACCCUUCCCGGAUGCCUGCUUUUCGAUUACAAUACCGGACCUUAGCAUGUAUCAAAAGGGCUUUCGAGACUAUUUGGAGCGAGAAUUGGUUGAAAAAUCAACCCUAGUCGCUCUCCAGGAAUCAGGACGUUUGAACUGGUGGACUGAAAAUGGAGCAGCGCAGCCUCUUUACCCUAUGGUAACAACGGGUGAUGGAAACUGUCUGUUACAUGCAGCAUCCCUGGCCAUGUGGGGUUUCCACGACAGAGAAUUAGUUCUUCGGAAGGCGCUCUAUGCACCACUGAAGGACGGAAGCGCACAUCUGGAAGCUUUCAAGCGGCGAUGGAGGUACUCACAGACACUCAUUAAUCAGCAGUCUGGGCUAAUCUGGUCUGAUGAGGAGUGGAACCGUGAGUGGGACUGUAUGUUGCAAUUGGCUUCUUCUGAACCCAGGAGAUACAACCAGAGUCAGAACAGUGGCACCUCAGCCACUAGCAACUGUGGACAGCAGGAGAGGACUCACUCUUUCAAUGAGAUAGACAGGACUGCCGUGGAGGCAACAGAGAAGACCAACCUUUCCAACACCAGAAUGAGAAGUUCAACAACCUCCGGUUGGACACCACAGCAACAUUCACAAUCAAGACAGACAACCACUAGCACUAGUUCCAAUCAAAUGGUAGACAGAGAUCAGCCGCCAAUGAGCAAUGCGAAUAGAAGUGCAAGUGUAGACAGCAUGGCCAGUGAGCAGUAUGAGAGUUUAGAAGAGUUCCACGUAUUCCUGCUGGCGAAUAUUCUGCGCAGACCUGUCAUCAUAGUGGCGGACUUGUUCCUGAGGGACAACAGGGGCGAGAACUUCGCACCCAUUCCCUUCGGAGGAGUUUACCUGCCACUAGAGUGCAACUCACAACAAUGUCAUCACUUUCCUCUUUUGUUAACAUUCGACGCCGCUCACUUCUCUGCACUUGUUCCGAUGGAGCCACCCGGAAACACAACUCUAGACAGCACCACAAACAGUGUAGAAAGACCUCCAGUUGUCAUCCCUCUAACGGAUUCAGUGGGAGAGUUGCUUCACAUACACUUCCCCAUAGACCCGGGACCCGACUUCGACUGGGCUCUUAUGGAGAACGAAGACUUCUUGGAGCAGAACCAACUAUCCGCCGAGGACAAAUUAUUUUUAAUGCACAAGUACUUAAAGAUCGAAGUAAUAUCUCUAUCUGGACGCAAAAUUGACCCUAAUGAAGUCGAAAUCAUUUCCACCAAUCACAGUUCAAACGGCGAAGGCGAUCGAGAGGCAGUAGCAAUGAAGUCGAAAAGCAAGGACGGUAAAAGUAACCGAAGUGCAUCGUUGGGAUCUAAAAAGUCUACGUCGAAGAGUAAACUGAAUACAAAAAGUGCAACUAUGCAAGGAGGCUUGGGAGAUGCGGAUACCAGAUCCCGCAGUAAUAGUAGUAAGGACUCGGCUGGAAACAGCCCGAGAAAUCUGGGAAGCUCGGGUAAAUCGGCGAGUAACACAACUAAGCCGAAGGUGGUUAAAAAGCAAAGUUCCAUAUUUGGAAAUUUAGGACGCAAGCUAAGAAAGUGUUUCAAUUCCAGCUCAAGUGCAAUACCGAAUGAAUCGGAGAUUAUUAACAAGGAACUGAUGCAGGAAAAUAAUUUGCUAAUUGACAAAGUGGAGAGAACUCUGACAUUACUUAGUAUCAGUCAGCAGAUUGAUAAACGAUUCAUCGCAGCUAAAGUCGACAUUGCUAAUAAGCCAGGAUAUUUUGCAGAUAUGAUUCGAAGUUAUUUAGACAGCGCUGAGCGAAAAUAUUGCGCCGAGUUGCAGCAGCUAUCUCGUAAAUGCCGAAGUUGCAAUGAGCUCAAAUGCGUGUGUCGAGUGAACGCAGAAAGAGUUCCGAAACCCCAAACGUUGCCUAGAGAUUUAAAAAUCGACCAAAAUGUCGCUUCGCCUGUAAUUAAACAUGUACAAAGUCGUAGUAUUCCAGUAGCAAAUAGUAAAUACAGCCGAAAUUCGAACACGAGAAGUGACUCAGCCGACCAGUACAGCUCGGAUUCGGAUCGGAGUGUGGCUAGUCGUCGAAAUGUGCCGAGAAGUGGCGGUGAUCAGUAUGUAUUCCAGAGCACUAGAUCAUACCAGUUCAGCUCAUCCGUACCUCCUAGUUCAUCAAACUACACUGGGGCAAAUAGAGGGUCAAGCUACAAGCCGGCGUCACAAUACAACUCAUCAGUGUCGUCCUCAAUAGGAAACACCACCAAAAGUCCUUCCCUUAACAACUACUCCAAACACCUCUCCUCCACGUCAUACAGUGUCAACCCUCCGAGCUCUCAACUGAAUCCAACGACCACAACAGGUGCUGCUGCUGCCGCUGCUAACAGACGGCGCAUGCUGAAUAACGCGACAACUUUCCCGCCCUACGCACAUGCAACCAGAGUCAUCGCUAGUACAACAAUCACUAAGUGUAGGUUAUGUAGGAGGUCGGUGGAAGGAUCGAACGUAUGCUACCAGUGUGCUAAUAGAUGAAUGAAGUAUUACAAUUGAUGGAAACACUCAAGCAAACUACAUUCAGCAUUUUA